AACCUGUCCUUUGUGGAUGUCUGCUUCUCCUCCACCACUGUCCCCAAGGUACUGGCCAACCACAUACUUGGGAGUCAGACCAUUUCUGUCUCUGGGUGUCUAACACAGCUUUAUUUUCUCUGUGUGUUUGCUGACAUGGACAAUUUCCUGCUGGCUGUGAUGGCCUAUGACCGAUUUGUGGCCAUAUGCCACCCUUUACACUACACAACAAAGAUGAACCAUCAGCUCUGUGCCCUUCUUGAUGUUGGGUCCUGGGUGGUAGCCAGCUUGAAUGCUCUGUUGCACACCCUUCUCAUGGCUCGACUCUCCUUUUGUGGGGACAAUAUCAUCCCCCACUUCUUUUGUGAUGCGACUCCUCUCCUGAAACUCUCCUGCUCAGACACACAUCUCAACCAGCUCAUGAUUCUUACUGUUGCAGGGCUGAUACUCUUAUCUCCAUUUGUCUGCAUCCUUGUGUCUUACAUCCUUAUUGCUUGUGCUGUCCUGAGAGUCUCAUCCCCUAGGGGAGGAUGGAAAGCCUUCUCCACCUGUGGCUCCCACCUGGCUGUGGUCUGCCUCUUUUAUGGCACCAUCAUCGCUGAGUACUUUAACCCUUCAUCCUCUCACUCAGCUGGGAGGGACUUGGCAGGUGCUGUGAUGUACACAGUGGUGACCCCCAUGCUGAACCCUUUCAUCUACAGCCUGAGGAACAGGGACAUGAAAGGGGCUUUAAGGAAAGUGCUUACCAUGAAAUUUCCAUCUAAGCAGUAA